AUGUUCAAUAUUGUCGCAAGGAUCACUCUGCAACAGAGCCGUUUCUGUUUGAUACAAGAGGCUGCGGAUUUAGACGAUACAGAUGUUCCACGUCCAAAUCGUCAAUUAGUCAACGCCCGAUUGGAAAUGCUGGAGCAGAAUUGGACCAAAUUCCAGGAAGAACACGAAAAUUUGUGUCUGUCGGAGUGCGAUACAUUGAGCGAGCAAUCGUACAUAAAGGAGCGCGUUUUUGAACGCUGUCAGGCGUUUUAUGUAUAUGCUCGUGCCAAGUUACUUACUCUCCGAGACGACUUAAAUGUGAUGGAUCAACAUUCCAGAUCUACUCUCUCUGAUCACGGACUUUCUACCUCUUUGAUGCCUCGUAGCUCACUGCCUCGAAUUAAAUUACCUAACUUCUCUGGCGAUUAUCAGUCAUGGAGAACUUUUCAUGACUUAUUUUCGUCUCUGAUUCGAGAUAAUGCAGAUUUAUCAAGUAUAGAAAAGAUGCAUUAUUUAAAAACAUGUGUUACAGGAGAAGCGGCCCGUCUGGUAGGUAAUCUGCCAGUUACUGGAGACAAUUUCGCAGUUGCCUGGAGUUUAUUAAUUUCACGAUAUGAGAAUAAGCGUUUCCUAAUAUCCGCUCAACUUGACAGGAUUAUGAACAUGAAGCCGCUAAAAUCAAAGUCCGCUCAAGGUCUCAGAACACUAUUGACUACAGUUACAGAAGCUAUUGGCGCACUGCGUGCAUUAGGAUGUAUGGUGCAUCAUUGGGAUCCGCUACUUUUACAUCAACUCGUGAGAUUAUUAGACUCGGAAACUCGUGAAGCAUGGGAGGUGAAACUUGGAUCGUCUGGAAUUUAUCCGACAUUUUUACAAUUUGAGGAGUUUCUUAUUGGAAGGACACGUGCAUUAGAGAAUCUUGGAUUGCAUACAACAACUUCUGCAUCUCAAAAGGAGCCAACUGCCUCUUCCACGGUAAGAUUUCGCAAAGGGAUCUCGGCUCAUGUUGCUACUUCCGAUUCAGGACCUUCUGCUUGCCCACUUUGUGGAUCUUCGCAUUAUAUAGCGAAAUGCGAACGUUAUCAGUCCAAAACUCUUCAACAACGGGACAUUAUUACGAAACAUCGACGAUGCUUUAACUGUCUUGGUUCUCAUGCUGCGAGUAAAUGCAUUUCCACUAAGCGAUGUAUGAAAUGUGGCAAAAAGCAUCACACUUCAAUUCACGAUGCUAAUAACGGAACACCUUCUAAACGUCCCCUUGACUCUUCAUCUAAGAACAAUACUGAACAAUCUACAGUAAUACCAACCCAAUCAACAACGGACUGA